CGAGAGAGGUGGAGGCGGCCGUCGGGGUUCGGCGACAGAGUGGGGCCCGAGGAGAGGCCCGCUGCGUGGAUCGGCAAAGGGUUGGCCCCUCUGAGGGAUGGCUGCGUGGAGGUGACCGGGUGCCAACUGAUGCGGCGGCGAUUCCCACACCCAUCGGACUAAAAUUGAAAGAGGGAAGUCGCCCGAUCGAUGCGCCGGCGCCCUCCCCAUUGGCUGCCCGCCGCCCGUUCCCAUUGGUCCUUCACUUUGCACCUAUCGGGUGGCCCCGCCUCUCUGACUCACCCGACGCUCCGACGGCCUCUUUUUAUUCGCGAUUCGAGGUGUUUCGUCCAUUAAACCCAUUUUCCCGUCCCGAUUAUCCUCCCGUCUCUCCUUCCUUCCUCCCCCGUCCCGUUUUAAUCCCGUCCGUGUCUCCCUUCCUUCUCCGCGCUCUUUUCCUCCCUUACGGUAAAAGUGCGCGACGCCGAAGAAAUUCCCGCCUCGACCGCCGUUCGAACCCGCAUCCGAAAAUGACGUUUUCCACCCCUUUUUUACCGUCCAUCCGCUUCCGCCUAUUUUGCUCCAAUGGUGGGCCUCUCCCGUUCGACUGCGGACCGGUCGUCAGCGCUCUCUAGCGAUUGCCGUUAAGCCUAACGUGGAGGCUGCAACUGGUCGUCCGUCCGUCUCGUCUGGAAAAAUAUCCUGCCAGGCUGCUACUGGAGUUUGAUGUUUUCAACUUUGUAGCUGAACUACUAUGCGAAUAAUUGAAUGUUGUAACUGAUACUUUUGAGAAGAUAAUGAUACUGUCCUUAUCCUAGUAUAGAAAAAAUAAAUGAUUUCUUAGGUAUACCUCGCCUUAUGUCGGUAAUUGGUUCCAGGAGAGGCAAUGAUACUAAAGAUUAUUUUGGAAUGACAAGAAAGAUUAGAGAUUACCUCAGAUUACAGCCGAUUCUUCCAAAACCUCAAAAUGUAGCCUUACUAACCAAGAACGAUUGUUUGCCAGUUUACCUAGUUAACUUGUUUUGCAGUCAGAAUAGGGUGGACGCAGAGGAGUUUCUAAUGAAUCAGCCUGACGGCCACGAAUGGGUCGGAAGACUGUUGAAAAGGCGUAGAAUUUUGUCAAAUUCGAAAAAUGUUGAGUGCAAAAGACUUUGCAUUUCCAAUAAAUUACACACUAGUCCAAACUUUGAAAAUAAUUCAAAUAAUCUAGUUUGUCUGAAAGAGCAGGUUAAUCCUGAAGAGAGUGACAUUUACAACUGUAAUUAUGGAGAAAAUGUAAAAAGUGAAGAUAGUUCCUGUGAAAUUGGAAAAUCAAACACUAAUAUUGAUGUGGUACAUUCUGUGAUAACCAAAAAUGUAAAUAAUUUAUCUUUUCAAAAGACCCAUAACUUAGCCAAAUGUUCAAACACGUCCGAUAAUGGUCAGUCUUCAUUACUUUCGAGCUUUCGACGGGAAGAAGUGGAAAACAGUAUCAACGAUAAAUCAAAUCCUUUGUUGUCAGCAAUGGAUUGCAAAGUUUCAAAAUAUGAAAAAACACUGAAAACUUUUGUUAAAAUUUCUCCAUGUUUGCCAGAGACUGUAAAUAAAUCGCGAGACUUUUUUACCAUAAAGAAAAGUGGGAAAAAGAAAUUCGUUCUCUGCAAGAAAACAGUGAAAAAAUUACUGCAAUUCGUACCGCCAAAUUAUUGCAAUAAUGAUCGUUGCUGUCCAAAUUUAAAGGAUGUAAUUUUAACAGGAAAAGGUAACAAUAUCUUAAAACUCGAAAACAUGAAUUUCAAUACUUCUUUAGUGCAAAAUGUGCCCAAAGAGAAAGUAGCAAUCGAUUUGAACAAUAAUGCCAAACAGUUUGUUAAAUGUGACGAUGAUAACAUCAACCACACGACAGACAAUAUUUCUGAAAACAACAAAUCAAUUUGGACCAAUGUCGUUCCAGAAAAUCAAAGUAAUCUUCGGCUAGAUACAAAUAAUUUGGUGGAUCCGGGUUUGAAGAAAGGAAAGAUUGUGUCAAAUGCAGAUAAUCUAAAUAGUGAAAGCAUUCAAAAUACUAAAUAUAUCUGCAAAGAGAUAAUUACGACGGGUACAGAAGAACCAGAAUGUGGACGCAAACUUUCUCCCUCGGGUAAUUUGCAUCCUAAAACUUUGGCCGUUUUAAGAAAAUAUCGGAAAAUUGCUCCCCGAACGAAACAGGUGGAUGAAUUCAAACAUCGCCAAACUGGAGUUCAAAGUUUAAACUGUGUGUCAUCUUCAAAAGCAAAACGUUUGAGUUGUAACAAAGUGCAUUUACAAGUGGAAGAAAGAGCAAAAUCAAAUAAAACAAACCUUGCUUUUACUGACUUUAAAAAUUUUGAAUCGUGUUGUGAACAGAAAUGUCGGGAGAAAACCUCCGACAAUAACAGACCAUAUAAAAUUUAUUCGACGUUUGAUGGAAGAAAUUGUAAAAAAGCAAUCUAUAGUGUGGAUAAUUCUUCAAAAAUUGCCUUAACAGAUAUUUUGGAUAUGAAAGACCAGAAAAAUUUACAAAGUUUAACUUUUAGCGAAUUGGUAAAACUUUCUGAAAAAUAUGGCGAAAAAGUAUUCCAUUCGCUAUCUCUAGACGAAAUUACUAAGAAAGCAACUACGGAGAUCUUUGAGCAUAAUAAUGUCUCGAACGACAAGCUUUUUAACAAUUAUUCCAAAACCGACGAGUCCCAUAAAAAGACUAAUAUUACCACUAAAAACACGUCCUUCCAUGGCAAUGAAUCUUAUAAAACAACUGGUUUAAAUAAUUUUUCUUGUGACAUACGUGGGAAAAGUAUUUCUGAAACCACCUGUACGUCGAGACCGAUCUCCGGCAUGGGAAACAUGGUUAAUGUUUGCACAUUGAGUUUUUUACAAGAAAAUAAUUUUGAUAGUACUGAUACAAAAAGCAGUUUGGAUUAUAAUAAAUUAAUAACUGAAGAUAAAUGCAAAUUUUUGAAAUUAUUUGAUCUUUGUCACGUCGAGGACAAAAUGGCAAAAAUAAUUUCUGUCAGACCACCUCACAACGAAGAGAUUCUGAAUGUAAAGAAUCCUCUUAUUCCUCUGCAUCAUCUGUUUAAAUUAGCGAAAAUUUUCAGAUGCAAACACAAGCCCGUCCUCUACCCCAAGAACGAAGAACGUCUUAGCUCAUUUGGUUUGACCAUGGGCAUCGCUUCCGACGACAGCAAGUUCCGUUCAAUUUCUGCAGGAGGAAACAUGGUCAUCGCCAAGAACGGGCAUGGUAGGGACGAGGCCUGGUUGCUGAUUCCCGUGUGGACCACUCCACGCAGCUCAAAUCCGCAAGAGAGGAGAGGACCGGCAGAACACACUCCCGCAAUUACACUCCCGGAUGCGGCAGUGGGAGGGAAUUCGUUGGCUCCCUUUUGCGGAACACAAGCCCGCGGUGUCAUCUCUCACUGCUGCACGGUUUCGCAUCAUUCGAAAGUUUCUUGCAGUCCGAGCAGCACCUAUCACAAACUGUCUUAGAGCCUGGCCACCUUGCAAUUAGUUACAAUCUCGUUUUUACCGGCCAAAUGUUCGUGGCCAUAUUUUUCAUUUGAGGUGCGAAGAAUUAGACACCUAAAAAGCUUGGCACACAUUUAUUGUUUUCGUAAGACAACAGAAAGCGGAUUACCACGUAUCGAAAUAUUUUUAUAUGCCAUUUGUAACUGCAGUUAAAGGAAUAUGAAGGGUGCAGAGUGGAAUGUUAGAAUCAAAUUUGUUGUUUCGUGCUAUAUAUUUUAUUGCAGCAAAAUUGGCUUUUUGUCGACGACCAAUUUACUUCUGAAAGUCCGGUUGCCAGUCGAGCCAAAAGCCGUACAAAUAUACUAGCCUUCUCCUAAAACAGACAUUUUCAUUUGUAAGAUUUGGCAUUCUAAUUUGUUUCUGGAUACUUUGAAAGUAAUGUAAAGAAGAAAUUACAUUCCAUAAAUUGCUCACUAAAAAGAAUACACGGUACAGUUUGCCAGGAUUUAACCCGAGAAGAAAUCGACUAUGAACCCGUCCACCCCAAUUGCCGCAAUCUGCGGUUCCGUCGUUUUGUUGUUCAAAAUUCAAAUGUUUAUCAUUGACUUGUUUGUUAUAAAGAUUAAAGAUUUGUUUUAGAAAUAAA